AGCAAACGAUGGAUAGCGCGGAGUUUCAUGCUGCAGUCUAUGACAAAGUUCGAGAGAUUCCGGCCCAGAAAGUCACCACAUACGGUCAUAUCGCGAAGCUAAUUGGGAUGCCAAACCACUCGCGCCACGUCGGACAAGCGCUCAAAUUCCUUUCGCCGAAUACCAACCCUCCAGUGCCAUGGCACCGCGUGAUUGGGGCAUCUGGAACUAUAUCUUCACGGGGCCCAGGCACAGAUGGGGCACAGCGCCAAAGGGAUGCUCUUGAAGCCGAGGGUGUUGAGGUGACUGUGGGGAGAACAGGCGAAAUGCGAGUAGACUUUGGUCGCUAUGGCUGGUUUCCGUCCCCACAGGUAUCAACAUCCACGACAACCGAAGCAAAUACCAGUAGCGAUGCAGAGGAGCCUUCCUAAGACAAUCCAUUGAAGGCUCAUUGCUAGCCUACACUCCAAGUGCGGGGCCUACCAGGGUUUGCUCGAACACCAAAACUGAGCCAGUCUCUUCUUUGUCGUCCACCUCCGGGCCUGUGCUUUUGAUUGUCGAUUCCUCGAUCGAUGCCAAUGAACUUUUGUGAUACACAAA